UACUUUACACACCCUGUGUUUUCACGUCGAACCAACGCCAUUUACAAUUUGUGAAGUAAAUUUUAAGAAGUAAUUUUGCCGGCUGCGGCGUUAUUGUUGUUUUAUUAAUUUGACUAGCUCUCUUCGUGGAAAAAUUCAAAGCACUCACUCGAAAUGGCGCGUGCCCACUCUCCCGUUGCUGAGGGUGAGAAGGACCAGAAGGAUAACAAAGAGAAGGACGCGAAGGCGGUUUCUUCCAACUCGACUCGCAGGGAGCGAGAGCGCAAACGACGUGGCUCUGCUUCCUCAAGCAGCGACUCCAGAAGCAGCUCAUCUGACAGCAGCUCCUCACGCAGUAGUAGCGGUUCAGACUCACGAUCAAGCUCGAGCAGCUCUAGUGAUUCAUCCAGCUCUUCGUCUUCAUCGUCGAGCGAUUCGGAUCGAAGUGAGAAGGAUCGCCGACGCGUCGGUGCCUCAGCUAAGGAUGCGUCCCGUUCGCCACGACGGGUAACUAAAUCUCCCCGUGCCACUAGCAAGGCCCGCAAAGAUACCGAACGAGACCGAGAGCGCACUGAACGGGAACGCUUGCCACGCAGUCGUACCCGCUCCAGAGAUCGAGUGCGUCGCAGCUCCACUGAACGCGCCACCGAGAGCAAUAAUAUAAAACGCGAGCGUUCCCGCUCCGCCAGCCGUUCCCGUUCGCCCCGACGUCGAGGUCGUGGCUCCGCAGAACGCACACCACCACCAAAACGCCGAGAACGCUCACGUUCUCGCACCCGGUCGAGGUCCCCGACACCAAAGCCGGUGCGCAUACAUGUCGGUCGUUUGACCCGGAACGUGACGAAGGAGCAUGUCUUGGAGAUAUUUAGCAGUUUUGGCGAUAUAAAGAACGUAGAGUUCCCUACCGACCGAUAUCAUCCGAAUUUCGGACGCGGCAUCGCUUUUGUUGAGUAUGGCACGCCUGAGGACUGUGAGUCGGCUAUGAAGCACAUGGAUGGCGGACAAAUUGAUGGCCAGGAGAUCACAGUAUCGCCCGUUAUUGUGCCGAAACAGCGACCGCCGAUGCGGCGUCCAUCGCCCCAAAUGCGUCGUCCUCCCGGUGGUCGUUGGCGGUCCCCCCCACAAUUCAAUCGGUUUAACAAUCGAGGUGGACGUCGACCAUCACCGCCGCGCGGUCGUCGCUCCCCGCGCCGUCGUUCACGUUCACCCAUACGUCGUCGUCGCCGCAGCAACAGCUCCGACAGCUCCCGCUAAAAUAGUUUAAAAACAAUGCUUAACAGACGAACAUGAAAUUUUUUCAUAUUUAUAGAAAAACAAUACGAUUAUAUACUUCAAUUCCAAUUAACAAUUGUAGACAAAAAAACAAAGCACCAUAAAUAUAUUAAAAUUGAAAUUCA